CCAUCCGCCGCGCGUGCGCGUCCGCAGCGUUUCCCAUCUGCUCCCAUUCAAAACGCCCCCCCCCCCCUCGAGCCGGUCACAACUCACAACACGAGCCAACCUGCUACUCGAUCUCCAAGGAGUUCAUGCAUGGCGGCGUCGACGCAAGAGACGCAGGAGCUGGUCUCGCCGGACUCGGAGGAGCUGCUCGUCGCGCCGGAGCUGCUCGCGAGCUACUCGUCCUCCUCCGACGAGGCAGCCGCCGCGGCCAAGGGGAAGAGCACCGGCAAGCCGGCCAUGGAGUUCACGCCGGAGUCGGAGCUCAACGCGCUGGAGCUCGACGACGCGCCUGAGUCGGAGGAGCUCCUCGCGCUGGACUCCUUGCCGCCGGCCUCGGAGACGACGGUGCCGGACUCCUUGCCGCCGGGCGCUUUCCUAUGUCCUCGCUGCCAUCUUGUUCAUGAAGACCGCGAGUCAUGGAAUCGUGCGCACUCGUUGUUAUAUCCAUGCGUGCGUUGCGGCCUCGUCCACAUGGAUUACUGGCUGUCGUCUCCGCUUCGCCGCGACGAGUUCGACUGCACUGCUGCGCUGGCCGUGAAGCGCGAGAUGGAGGAAGCUGAGCAGUCGUGGAGGAACAUGAACAACAAGUAGGAGAAAGUAAAAACAGCAAGAUGAAAACAACUACCUAUGGCUUCAGCUAGCAACGAUGGCUCACAAGAAAUCUGCAAGGGAAGUCUUUGUUCUCUCUCUAAUCUUUCCUUUUGCAUGUGAGGAAUUUUGUACUUGUUGCAUCCUUUAAUCUUCAUGACUUCCAUCAAUACAGUUUGGAGGGUUACAAAUA